UUUCUUUCAAGUUUAUUUGUUACGCGUCAAAAAGGCCGCGAUUAUCGGAGGUCGCCGCAUAUGCACAUCUCUGGCAAUAUCGGCACAUGUGUGAUGCAUGCCGGAUCACGCCGGACAUAGGCGGCCUAGAACUCGUCGGUAUCCACACUUUUGCUUCGUAGAUACGACGGUAUAGAGAAGAAUUUUUAGGGUCGUCGUUUCUGUUGCGCGGGAGGAAAGGAUUUUCUUUUGGUUCUUUUAAGAUAUUAAAGACUUGGCUCUGGCACUUGACUUGGACCACGCUGAGUAUUUUAAAAAGAUUCUGACCCACUCUUUCCAUAUUUCCACCUUAUUUUUGGGUUCGUUGGAUGUGAUACACAAACCAUCAUCGCAUCACCAUGGCCGACGCACACCCAACCCAGGCCGAAGACCACGGGGUCGACGUGCUAAAUAAGAAGUCUGCAGCCGACGCCGAGAGCGCCUACGGAGCCUCGACCAUCCAAGCGGAUGCAGAGAAGCAGAGACCGGCACAGAUCGCCUCGGGCAAGAAGCGCCCUGGCAACCUGGUCGGCACGGCUAUCGAGACGGAGGCUAGCAAGGGCGCCGGGCUCGAUCCCGUGUACGCGGCCAAGGCACAGCUGCUCAAUGAGGCGCUUCUUGACAUUGGCAUGGGCCGAUAUCAGUGGCUGUUGGUGGUUGUGACGGCGGUGGGCUGGUUCCUAGACGAGUUCUGGCUCGCCUCCUUCACUAUCAUCCUUCCAGCCGCCUCCAACGAGGCUCAGUUCUACUACUCCUACCAGAACCCCACAGACCUCAUGAUCAGCGCCGCGGCGGGCCUCACCCUCGGCGCCGUCAUGUGGCCUGUCAUGUCGGACCUCUUUGGCCGCAAGCAGAUGUUCACCGCCACCGUCGUGCUCAUGGGCAUGGCGGGUCUCGUUGGUGCGGGCAUGGCUGCCUUUACAGGCCUGUGCGUCGUUGCCUUUGUCGUGGGUUUUGCUGUAGGCGGCAACCAGGCUGUUGACGCCAUCUAUCUCGCCGAGUCACUCCCCGCCAGCCACUCCUGGCUUGUCGCCGCCCAGGGUGCAGCCUGGGGUGUUGGCAGGUUGGUCGCGUAUGCCGUGGGCUGGGCGUUCAUCGAGCAGUUCACCUGCGGCACGGGGCCAGACGGCACUUCGACCGCGUCCAGCACCACCUCCUCCUCGUCGUCAUCAUCAUCAUCAUCAUCAUCAUCAUCAUCAUCAUCAUCGUGCCACUACGUCUCCAACAAGGGCUGGCGGUACACCUGGUGGUGUUUCGGCUGCAUCACCCUCUUCCUCUACCUCCUCCGCUUCUCGGUGCGCAUGUACGAGACCCCCAAGUCCCUCCUCGCCCGCCGCCGCGACGACGAGGCCGUGCAGACGACGCGCGACAUGGCCCAUGCCAGCGGCCAGAUCACCUGGCUGAACGAGGCGGCCUUUGCGCGCGUCGACGGUGGAGCAGGAGGAGCUGCCGCUGGCAUCAGCGCAUCCGUCAGGGCCGUGCUGGGCUCCCUCGGUGGACCCCUGGGCCUCGCCUCCCUCGCCCUGCUCUGGGCCUCUCUGGGCCUCACGUUCAUCCUGCAGGCCCAGUUCGUCCAGCCCUACCUCGCCACAGCCCACGGCGUCACCCAGGUCACCGCCACCACCGUGACCCGCCCCUACUGGUUUAGCCGCUACGUCUACAUCUCCAUCUGCGCCAUCCCAGGCCCCCUUGUCGCCGCCGCUCUCUCCGAGGUUCCCUUCCUGGGCCGAAGGCGUGCCGGUGCGCUUUUCUCUCUGCUCGCGGGCGUCCUCAUGCUCGCGUCCACGGCCUUGCCCUCGCGGAGUGCCUGGCUGGCGUUCGCAUGUGUGCUGUCGUUUCUCGAGUAUGCGCUGCUGGCUGUUGCUACGGUGUAUACUGUGGAGGUAUUUGGCGCGCCUGCUCGUGGGGCUGGCGUGGCCGUUGUGGGCUUCUCAUGGCGCUUGUUUGGCCUGGUGGCUUGGAUCAUUGCGGGAUAUAGCUCAAGCUCGAGCGGUGCAGCUGUUUGGUUCUCAGGAGCACUGUCUGUGGUCGUCGCUGUGGUUUGGGUUUUCUUGCCCAGAGAGACGAGGGCCAAGGCUGCUGCUUAAUCGGCUAUAGUGGCUGUAGAGAUGCCGCCGAGGGAUAGUAAUGAUGGGUGUGCUGGAGUUGGAGAGGCUGGAGAGCAGUUGGUUGGGAUUGAUACCGCGAUACCCGAAAUGCAUGACGAUGAAUACGGACGCUUAGGUUAGUCUAUUAUUGUUAUUAUUGUAAUUAUGAAAAAGGGGGACAGGAUGAAAAGAAGGAGGGAGGGGAGGACGAGGAAGAGGCAAGACGCCUGCGAACAUGGCCUGGCUAUCACGAGUAAUGAGAGUGUUCAAUUGAAAGUAAUGGUAGUAAG